AAAAGCCUCCGCAUGGUUCUUUGGUCGAAAGAGCAGGACAAGCUGAGUGAAAUGUCUACCGGCGCCGUAGACGCGAAGAAGGAGGGGGCGCCGCCGGCGUACCACCACUCGAACGGCUCCGUGCAUCCCAUCAUGAUCCAGAAGGAGGGUGUGGAGGAGCUGCGCCAGGCCGAGGGCUACGAGCUCACCGAGGUGAGCGCCUUCUCGGAGCGAUCGGAGCCCGAGGGCGAGACGGUGGUGGUGGACUGUCGGGUCAACGCCAAGGGGCAGCGCGAGGAGGACGCGCUCCUGGAGAACGCGAGCCAAAGCAAUGAGAGCGACGACACGAGUACGGACCAAAGCCCGGAGCCGCCAGCUCCGCUGAAGGAGACCUCCUUCUCCAUCGGACUGCAGGUCGUCAUUCCAUUCCUGCUGGCGGGGUUUGGAACAGUGGCUGCAGGCAUGGUUCUGGACAUCGUGCAGCACUGGACCGUGUUCACGGAGGUGACGGAGGUCUUUAUCCUGGUGCCCGCUCUACUGGGUUUGAAGGGGAACCUGGAGAUGACCCUGGCCUCUCGGCUGUCCACUGCGGCUAACAUUGGACAGAUGGACACAGCCAAGGAGAUGGGGAAGAUGGUCAUGGGAAAUCUGGCCCUCAUUCAGGUCCAGGCCACUGUGGUGGGGUUCCUUGCGUCCAUUGCUGCGGUCAUCUUCGGCUGGAUCCCUGAGGGGCACUUCAAGCUAGGCCACGCUGUGCUGCUCUGUGCAAGCAGCGUUUCCACGGCCUUCAUUGCCUCUCUACUACUUGGACUCAUUAUGAUUGGGGUUAUCAUCGCUUCCAGGAAGGUGGGCAUCAACCCAGAUAACGUUGCAACACCCAUUGCUGCCAGUCUGGGUGACCUCAUUACCCUGGCCCUGUUGGCAGGCAUCAGCACAGGGCUGUACAAGCAGCUAGACCAUAAUGACUACGUGAACCCACUGGUAUGUGCUAUCUUUGUGGCCCUGACACCAGUCUGGGUGCUGAUUGCCCGCCGUAUUCCCCCCACCAGAGAGGUCCUGUACUCUGGCUGGGAGCCAGUCAUCAUUGCCAUGGCAAUCAGCAGCGUUGGAGGGCUUAUCCUGGAUAAAACUGUGUCAAACCCAAACUUCGCAGGAAUUGCAGUCUUCAGUCCUGUUAUUAAUGGCGUUGCAGGCAAUCUGGUGGCAGUGCAAGCAAGCCGUAUCUCAACCUACCUGCACAUGACUGCGUUGCCCAUGGUGGAGCCCAACCCCCCACCGCGCAAGUGCCCCACCCCCUGCAGCACCUUCUUUGGGUCUAGUGUAAACUCCCGCUCUGCACGGGUCCUCUUCCUUCUUGUGGCGCCAGGUCACCUAGUCUUCCUCUACGCCAUUAACUCCAUGCAGGGUGGGCACACCACGCUCACCUCCAUCUUCAUCGCGUUCUACCUGGCUGCAGCUCUGCUACAGGUUGUCAUACUGCUAUACCUGGCGGACUGGAUGGUGCACUGGAUGUGGGGACGGGGCAUGGACCCAGACAACUUCUCUAUCCCCUACCUGACGGCCCUUGGGGACCUUCUGGGGACAGGCUUCCUGGCACUCUGCUUCCACAUCCUGUGGCUGAUCGGGGACCGAGACACCGAUGUGGGCGAUUAAUCGUCCACCCCAAAGACUUGCCGUCAUCAACUCUUUAUUUAUUAUAGCAAUUAAGGGUUGCUGUUAUUGUAAUUAAUAUUAAUAUGCGGUUGUUUUUGUGGGAGAAAAUUUCUCAUUAUUUUUCAAUGGGGAUAUUCUCCCUUUGCCUCUGACAUUCGCCACGUUUGUAAAACCACAGAUCAACUUACACUUGAAAUUAUGAACAACAGCAAAAAACAUAGACUGCUCAGUCACUAAGUGCUAUAUGGGUAGAAAUGUGAAUGAAUAUUUAAUGUGAAUGUGAAUAUGAAAACAGGAGGGUGGACAUUGUAUUUGGUGUAAUCAGCCCCUUUCUGCUUUUGCGUGAUGUAAAUGAAUCAGUGACAGCUCUGGACCAGAGAGUAAUGACAUGAACCUGCCUAAAAAUAUCCUUGUAUCUAACAGUGACAUUCAAUAAGUCACAAAAGUGGAACACAAUGCUUUCAGUGCUGCGGCCCAUAGGGCUGUGAGGAGGUUUGGUAAACUCCAGGAUCUUAGAGGCCCGGUAUGAGGUUAGAUCAGGUGAAAAGUACAGGCUUCCCUUGCAUAACAAGCAUAAUUUGUUGCUUGUAACAUUAACACUUGUAAAACAAACUCUUUAUUACCAUUAAUUUAAAUGUGAAGAAUAAAUAAUGGGGUGCUGAGCCGCAAAAGGAUCACCAGUUUUUUCAGAAAACAUGCAAAAUUCCUGCCUUUUAAAUUUUCACUCAAAACCAAGCCCAUAAUAUCUCAACUGCUCUGUGCACCUUUAAACCCAGGCUUAAAACCCAUACGUUCAAAACUGCUUAUAAAUAUUUACGUGCUCCCUUUGUUCUAUAGCUUUUCCCCCUUCUGCGGUCAUUUA